AUGCUGCCCCAACGAAUUGUGCGCUCCUCUGCCCUGCGCAACGGCCUUGUCGCUGCUCGCCGCGCGCCAAUUGUCCAGCGCCGAGCCUAUCUUCCGACGCAUUUCGCCGACAAAAAGACUCUCGAUGAGAAAUACCCCGACCCACCUACGAUGACUGCGGCCGAAGACCCUGAGAUGAAUGGCGGUUACAUCAACCCUCCUCGCGUCAAGCGCCAGCACCGUGACCCCUAUGCGCAGUGGUGGGACCCCCAGGAGCGCCGUAACUUUGGCGAGCCCGUCCACGAAGACAACGACGUGCUCGGUAUCUUCUCACCCUGGGAAUAUACCUGGACCACAACUGGCCCCGGCCUCAUCAUGAUUGGCACUUUCGUCGCGACUUUCCUCGGUGUCUGCGGACUUGUUUAUCUCAACUACCCCGAUAGACCAUCAUAUCCCCGUGAAUUUGAGGGUGGCCUCGAGAAAGAGCUUGGUGGACCCGGCGCCGUGAGGGCACGCAUGGAGGGCGAUGAAGAUCCUUGA